CUGCUGUGUAACCGUGGCCUUGUGUCACUCCCAAGGCUGUGUUACCUGAGAUAUCUCCUAGGCUAAGGUCUCUCUUACCUCGGCAUGUCUCGUACGCAACCUUACUCCCUUACUUACCUACCUAGGGACCUACCUAAAUACUGAGCAAGUGAGGCAGUAUUAUGCGACAGCUUUAACUCAAUAAGAUUGGCUAGGUAUCUAUCCGAAGGAUGAGUAACACAACAAUGCAGUGCUUCAGCGCCGCGCAGAUCCUCAUCGGUGAACUCGAAACUGGGCGAAUAACCCAGGCAUGGCUAAUCAGUCAUCAAUAUGUGUGUCUAGGACUCUAGGUACCUAUAGUUACAAGUCGAUACACCGAAGCUGCUCUCAUUCGUACCACCGCAGCUACACGAGAAAGUAACCACCGCCACCACUUCUCUCAUCUCCAAAUAUCAUGGCUUCGACGCCUUCUAAUGGAUUAGGGGAUGGUGGUUUGCCUCAGAUUCUAGGUCAUCCUGAGGCCCACUGGACGUAAGCCAGUCGGUUAAGCGAAUCCUAUCCCCAAAUCCUCCUACAGCCUUACUCGAUAACGCUAUAGCGGCUCGUUGGCCCUAUCUGCGUUAACCCUGCAUUGAAUCCCUAGGUGUCAACCUCAACUUCUACCAUGGCAAGUGAAGGCGCCGAUUUUGACCCUAGCUUAGUUGACGAGAACAGAGGUCGGAUGAUGUUAAUCACCGACACAGUAUUCACCGUCCUAAUUGUUCUUUCUACGGGAACGCGGAUUGCUAAUAGGCUACGGAAUAAGAGAGCCCAGUUUGGAAUCGAAAAUUACUUGAUUCUUCUUGCUCUAGUGUUGAAUCUCACUACUAAUGCACUUGAGUAUGUCUCGGUUCAAGAGGGCUUUGGUCGCCAUCUACAAUUUCUCACCGACGAGCAAAAGGAAAAUGUCAAAAGAAUAAGCGAGUAUACAAUUCUAUUCGCAGUUAUCGACAUCUGGGCUGUUAAGAUUUCGAUCUGUUUCUUCAUCCUUUCGCUUAUCCGGGAUAGUUAUCGACGCUCAAAAUGGGUUAUCUACGGACUGAUGGCAUUAACGACCAUUGCGAGCUUCGUUCAGGGAAUGAUUUGGGGUCUCCAGGCACGUCCACUCGAAAGACUGUGGAAACCUGGCAUACCCGGAACGACGGCCAGUCCGAAAACACUGGUGGUCAUGAUCAUUACCUGCACCGCCCUUUUCAGUUUCACUGAUAUUUUCUACGCUCUGUCACCUAUUUAUUUCUUUGGUAGGUUACAGAUGGAGCUUCGCAAGAAACUCAUUAUUCUCGGCUUGACUGGAUCUGGUCUGUCGGUUUUUGCGGCUUCUAUCGUCAGGGUUGCCUUUGUCAAGGAAUUCCUUGACCCGGACUUCACCUGGGCUUUACCCAGGGUUUACGUUUGUACAAUUAUAGAACGUAACUUAGCACAGCUCGUUGCGGAUCUCCCUGCAAACUAUCCUCUGUUUCGCCACAUCCAUGGAAAGGUAACAGGAUUCAUGAAAUACGGUAGCAGCAGGUCUAAGAUGCAUACCGGCACUGGUGACAAUCAUACUAUCGACCCCUGCAACGACAGUCAGCGCGCAAUUGUCACUAUCGGGUCCGCCGAGACGCGGCCUCGGCAGGCCAUUAAGCUCAACGACCUCUCCGUCUACGGAAAAAGUGGCCAGUUGACUCAUCUUGAGGAAGGUGGGUCAGAUGAAUACAUCUAACAGGGUUGGAGGGUCUUCGGGGCAAUUGCCUACAUGUAAUAUUGUAUUGAGGUUUAUUUUCAGGUUUAGAAUAGAAGACAGCGAGGAGAUAUGUUGUAUUCCUUCCUCUUAUUUCAGUUAAGAAUUUCUCCAAAACUGCAUUAGGUGCCUACUUAA